AUGUGUCAAGGUCCGAUUAUUAUGGAAACACGAAAGAGAGAGACGAAGGGGAAUUCACCCGAUUUUUUGAGUUCAAGACUUGAGUCAAACUUUCGCCCGACUCCUAGGUUCGGGGUUGUACGAAAAGAGG